AUGACUGCCAUGAAAGUGGAUGCUAAAGUGGUUUUGUUGGGAGAGGACAGUGUUGGGAAAACCAGCCUCGUGGAGAGAUACGUAAAUCACCACUUUUGUCCCAUAUACCGAACCACUGUCCCAGCUGAGUUCCUUGCCAAGUCUAUCACUAUUGGAGACAAAGUGGUUACACUGCAAAUAUGGGACACAGCAGGAUCUGAACGAUACAAAGCUAUGAGCAGGUUAUACUCCCGAGGUGCCAGCGCUGCUAUUGUCUGCUAUGAUUUGACUGAAAGCAGCAGUUUCCAGAAGGCUAGGUUCUGGGUAAAAGAGUUACAGAACUGCGAAGAGCACUGCAAAAUAUACCUAUGCGGAACAAAGAAUGAUCUCAUCAAGGAAGACAGCAGCAAACGAAAAGUCAAUUAUCAUGACGUCCAAGAGUUUGCAGAUGAGAUAGGUGCUCAAUAUUUUGAAACCUCAAGUAUAACGGGAAAUAAUGUCGAUGGACUCUUCCACAAGGUAGCAGAAGACUACAGCAACUCAGCUUCUGCAUUCAUGCAAGAGGAGAAAGGGGUGGACUUAGGACAAAAGAAGGAUUCUUAUUUUUACACUUGUUGUCAUCACUGA